ACGCGAGGUUUUUACCGAAGUGUUUUCUUCCUUCGCCGCCGCCGUGAAACGUUGCGAAAAAGUCAAAUCUCCGCUCGAUUUUCUAGAUGUCCACUGUUCAUUCGUGUCCGGAUCGGUGUAAUUAUAAGUGCAGAACGUGCCGGAAGUUGGAAGCAUUUGAAUAAGUUUGAGUGUUUGGCGUGAAACCCGGUGGAUAAGGUGAAUUAGGAACCGGAACAUUUUCCCCUGAUAAGUGCUGCUGCCUGCAAGCCAAAAUGGGCGCGUAUCUCUCGGAACCACUUACGACAAAGGAUUCCAGCGAGGAGGCCAAUGACUUACUGGCUUGUGGUUCCAGCUCGAUGCAGGGCUGGCGAAUCAGUCAAGAGGACGCCCAUAACUGCAUCUUGAACUACGAUGAUAAAACGUCAUUUUUCGCCGUUUACGACGGGCAUGGAGGGGCGGAGGUAGCUCAAUACUGCAGUCUGCAUCUACCGAAAUUCCUGAAGCAGUUGCAAUCAUACAAGUCUAAGGAUUUCGAACAGGCCCUGAAGGACGCCUUUCUUGGAUUCGAUGCCACUUUGUUGGAUGAGAAGGUCAUCGAAGAGUUGAAAAAGCUCUCCGACAAAACCAACGGCGAGGAAGCAAUAGAGGAAGACGACGAAGAGGAAGAAGAUGAUAACGUAGAUGAUCUGUGCAAGGAGGCAUGCAUGCCAUUGAACGAGGUCUUGCAGAUGUACAAGAAGGAUAAAAAGAAUCCUGCUCUCGCCAAGGUCAAAGAAGGAAACUGUUCAAAGCCCUUAUCUCCGUAUUUGAAGGGAAAACGGAAGGGUCUUACGGAUGGAGAUGAGCCAGGUCCUAGCUCGAGCAGCACAGCGUCAUCAGCCGAAGCAGAUGCUUCCAAAAGCAAGAAGCCAGCUGGAGCUGAUGCCGCUGAUUCAACUGUGAGUAGUUCCAGCAAUAAAUCGGAAGAGGCUUCUCAAAAGCCAGAAUCUUCAACGGCUGAUAAGAAAGCCGAACAAAGUGACGAAAUCAGUGACACUGACGGAGUCAUUGCCAAGAAAGCAAAUAAAGAGGAAUGCGCUCCGGAUAGUUCUUCCGCUGCACCAACUGUUAAUGGCGAAGUAGGAGAAUUAGCCAGUAAAUCAGCAGUUUCAUCCUCUGUUUCGGCGCAAGAAAACGGAGAAGUAUCUAGCAAUACGGCAGCUGGUGGAAGCAGCAAGAGCAUGCCGCAACUGGCCGGAUCGUCAUCGAGCAGCAAGAGCGGCACAAACGUUGAUAGCUCUUCAGCUGGCUCAUCUUCCUCUGCUCCUGCAGCAGCAGCUGGAUCAAAGAAACGAAAGGCCAAGAACGGAGCGGCCAAUGUUGUCAACGAUGAUUCCGAUGACGACGAUUCGGAAACGGAUGAAGAGUUUCCUCCGGUUCAGGAUUCUAAUGAAAACUCCAGCACAGAGGAUGGGGAAGAAGAUCCUUAUGGCGAGGAAGAAAGCGAAGAAGAAGAAGAUGAUGAGGAGGGCGAAGGCGAGUACGACGAAGAAGAGGAGGAUUACAUGAAUGAAGAGGAUGAAGCGUUUAUGAACAACAUCACAGAUGAGCCUGGUAAAGACAGCGGCUGCACGGCAGUCGUUGCCUUGCUUCACGAUAAGGAGCUUUUCGUAGCCAAUGCCGGUGAUUCACGCUGUGUCGUUUGCCGCAAUGGAAAGGCAUUGGAGAUGAGCAUCGAUCACAAACCGGAGGAUCAAGUCGAGUUUGAGAGGAUACAAAAGGCUGGUGGUCGUGUAACACUGGAUGGCCGUGUUAAUGGCGGACUCAAUUUGUCCCGGGCUAUCGGUGACCAUGGCUACAAAAUGAACAAAAAGGUACGACCGGAAGAACAAAUGAUUUCCGCUCUUCCUGAUAUCAAAAAGAUUACAAUCGAACCAGAAGAUGAGUUUAUGGUGUUGGCAUGCGACGGAAUCUGGAAUUUCAUGACCAGCGAUGACGUGGUGGAAUUUGUGCAGGAACGCAUUGCAGAUCCCACCAAAAAACUGACAGACAUCUGCGAAGAGAUGUUUGAUUAUUGCCUGGCACCACACACCAAAGGAGAUGGUACCGGUUGCGACAACAUGACCGCAAUCAUCGUUCAGUUCAAGCCAAACUUCACCGGCGCAGCAUCGAGGAAGCGAGCUUGCACACCAGAACCAGAAACCGACUGCAAGAAGGUCAAGACCGAUGCGGCGACAGCAGGCAGCAACGGAAGCAACUGCGAAACGACAAGCAACAAUGAAGAGAAAGAGGCCGCUGCUGCCGUGGCAUCGAUUGAAUCCAGUUCGGCCGCUAUGGACACCGAUGACAACAUCGCGUCCUCAUCAACGUGAAUCCGUUGAUAAUUUCUCAAGCCCUAACAAAACCCUUAUAUGCACACCUAUCUACCAUACUCUCGAGAUCGCAGUAAGUACAUUCAACUACUUUUGAAAGGUACUCUGAAGGCAGCCUCCGUUAGCUACCAACUGGUAAAUGCUACAAAACCAAGAAAUCCAACUCAACCGUUGAUGAUAAACCAAUUCAUGUAUAGGAAUCACACCAUUUCCUGUCCUACUCGCACUCUCGCUCAUUAGGAGCCAGUUUUUAAUAAUUGACCUACUUUAAACAACACCCAUAAUCUGUAAGGCAAAAGAUGAAUCUAAGAUGAGUAAUAGUGGUAGCCAAACAGAUUCACAUUUAAUGACACUAUUACGUAUGUUCAGUAUUUAAAAGUAGUCGUUGCUAACAUGUCCAACCUAGAAAUGCCAUCGUGAAGCGGUCUAUGAAGCAUUCUAGCAAUUUGUCCGACAUAGUUCUCAAAUUCCCACGUAGUACCUCAAAACUGUUGAUUUUAUUGAAAUUGUUCCGCAUUAUUGAACAGCGGUACAAAUUGGGUUUAUCAAAUAUUGUAGAUCGUACAGACUAUUCUUAACGGAAAAAAUACGUUACUAUCGUGCUGAAUAAAAUUUUAUGCAACUCGCCCAACGUAAUCCGGAUAUUGAUCCGUUCUUGGUACAGCGCCUGGCCAAGAGAUAUGUGUCUGAAUUGAAACUUACCUGCAAAAUUGAGCCAUGAACAAAGCUUUCCAUCUAGUGUAAAUAUAACUCUCAAAGCUUACCAAGCACAUACGAUUGAUGAUGAUAACCUAUUUUGUAUGGCAUGCAAACAAGCAACAGUCAGUGGCUCAAACUCGGUCACAAUUGACGGAAAUAAUGUCUAAAACAAUAUAGCAUCCUUUUGGCCCUUCAUACAUACUACCUUCAACAUUGAACAUGCCACACACACACACAGUUUGUAGUUUGUAGUUACAAAAGAAAGGGCAAUAAAGUGUCUUUCGUUUGAA